CCGCUGCAAGCCAUGGCGCUCAACCUACGGCAGUGGUCGACGACGCCGACACACCAGGCCAAAGACAUUAUACUCAGAAUUAUCUCUGGCGCACAGGCUCCCAUACCGACAAGGGAUGUCUACCAGCUUGCGUUGAACACACCCAUACGUGGCCUGAAGCAGAAACGGAAGGAGGCAGCAGCUCAGGCUGCCUCCACCUCCGAGUCGAACACGGGCACGCCUCAACCGCCAAACCCACACCACCCGGUCCGGUCAAUGACAUUCCUCAAGCGUAAUAUACUCCCGCAGCUGGAAAAGGAACAACUCAUAAAGCGCGUCCACAUAGCGCGUAAGUUGUCUCCGGAGGAGAUCGAACAUCGCCUCCGUGCGUCGGCGUCCAGCAAGAUCCCGCGUGAGAAGCGGGAGUCCGCGCUGCAGCGGCUGGUCAUCGACGAAUGGGGUUGGUUGGAAAAGAAGGUUAAGUUCUCGGUGGAGGAUCAGAUAAAGCACGCAAUCAAGCGGGUUGAUGAUGUUGAGGAGAAUCUGAGGACGGCCAUAAAGUCACUGGACCGGAAGAAAUUCGCGAAGGAGCAGGCGAAGAAAAAGGAGGAUGAGGAGUGGAUGCGGCAGGUUGCGGAGGUGCGGGAGAGGGCAGCUGCUGCUGCCAGGGCACAGUUUGAGUCGCAGUCCACGCAAUGAACUCUAUUCCGUACUUCUUACCUUACCUGCACUGCUCGAGCAUAAUCAAUCCUCGUGAUCUCACUUCAAAUGAUGGAGGUACAUAUCACGAUCCCGCACUUGAUAUUCGGAAGUCGCAACUUCGUUUCUUAGAACGGCACGAUAUAUACCGUCUUCGAUACGCAUGCUUGAAUUUCCUAUGCAACCGCGUGCCAAUCACCGUGAACAUACCUUCGGUUGUUGCCAUCCGGUGUGUAUAUAUAGAUUGCACAUAUAUGUAGAACAUAUUCGUUAUAGUAUGGUGGCGAAAAAACACUGC